AUGGGGUCUCCCAUACCACGCCAACGCUCUCGGGCAAAUUUAAAGCACCCUAUUCCAGCUCCUCCAUCUACCCGCUCACUCGCUGCAAUGGCAGGGGGCAACACCAGCCCUGUGGCCUCUCCGACACCCCAGCGACGACCCGAGCUCACCGCCGAAACUAUCCGCACACACCUCUCAACCAUGCUUGAGCAAAAGUCGUCUCAGCUUCAGAUGCUCGGUACGAUGGGGCAGGAGAUCUUGAGACAGCAGCAAGAGUUGGAGGAAAAGAUUCGAGGAUUUGAGGAUGAAGGCUUGGACGGCGAUGAGAUUCAGGAAGAGACGAAGGAUAGGCUUAGAGAGCUUGAUGAGGCUAUGAGCAAAUGGGAAAAUCAGAACGAAGAUAUGAUGAGGGAGCUUGGUGGGAAGAUGCCAGACAGCCUGCAAGGCCCGUCCUUGGGCCAGUCCUCUCCUACCAAAGCGACAGCUCAGCCCAGCAAUCUCACUCGUCGGCAGCGUAAUGCCCAGCACCGCCAGCUCGACAUGGAGUUUGCCACGGAAAUCGGGCAAAAUCUUUUGGUCGAAGUGCGAAGACUUCAAGCUCUGUUGAACGAAAGGGAUCGAGCCCUGGAAAAGUUUGCGGAAGAAAAGGAGACAUGGGAACAGGAGAACCAGAGUCUACUGGUAGCUGUGAGAACAGCGGAAACUAGCGUUGAUCGAUACAAAGAAGAGAAUUGGAACCUCGAAGUCAAUCUUCAAGAGCUUCGCUCUUCGACGGCCGACAUGCAGGAGCAGAUCACCAAGGUGACUGCUGAGCAGGCUCGUUUGCAACGGUCUUUGGUCUCUGCGCGAGAAUCAUCUGAAUCGUACAAGACUGAAGCUGAAAAACACGCCCAAGCCAUUGAAGAAAUCAAGGUCAAGCAUGAGACUGAAAUGGCGCAAGCCAGGAGGUCUGCCGCUGGUCUUCAGCGAGACAAGAGUGACUUGCUUGGCGAGCUCAAUGUGGAACGACAGAGACGAGUCAGCGGUGCUCGAGGAAGACUUUCUCGCGGAACCACCGACAGCCCUGGUAUGCUUAGCCCCGGCGCCGACAGUGAGGAAGAUGACGUCUUUGCUGCUGGAAGCAAGGGCAACGGCAGUCCCACCAAACGCCCUGGCUUUGAUGCCAACGACAAUGCUCUUUCCCCCUCUCAGCUCUACGACUCUGACUUUGACUCUCCCAACCCCACGCCCUCAAAACCUUUCCCUCGCUCUCCCCUCGGCGAAAUGUUUGUCAAUGAGAACGACGAGCUGCGUGAAAAACUUCGAGAGGCCGAGAAGGAGAUUGAAGCACUCCGAAGCGAGAACGCAACAAACCGCCAGAACAGCUCGCACAAAGACAACGUUGACGAGUUUGGCGCUCGUCCCGCUGGCGGUGAAUGGGAUGAAGAUGAGCAAACGAUCGGGGCUGCCAGCACUCGUGGCCGUGGCUCUCGAGGUAGGCGCGGAGGACGAGGCAAGGGCUUUGCUGCUACUAUUGGCCGCAAGUUUGGCUUUAACCGCGCUCCUUCCGGCAUGACCACCCCUGGCGCUGGCGACAAGAGCUUUGAUUCCACCAGCUCUGGUACUCCCGACCUUUUGCGCAACCGUGGCUUGUCUGCUAGUCCCGCCCCAUCUGUGCUGGGAGGCGAGUCUUUGGGCAACGUGCUCGGAACCAACUCCCGCGACAGGCUCCGUUCAAUGUCACCCUCCGUCGCGUCUUCCGAAAACCUCGGCGGUGGUGACUUUGGCCAGAUCGCACUUUCUGAUGAAUUUGGUCCUGGAAGCGGCCAUGCAGAAGUAUCCGACGACGUCGACGACUGGACUCCAGAAAAGCCAACCAUGACCAGUCCUGCUGCCACCACCCCUCCUCCCGGUACUCCCAAAGAAUUGCAGACUCCUACUCGGUCUGCCUUCAACGACUCUACACUCCGAGGUCUCCCUCCUGCCCCCGCCAACUCGGACGCUGCUUCUGCUGGCGAGACGACGCCCACAAAGAACACUGUGGCCCUCCCUAUGCCUAGUAGGCUCCAACAAGUCUUCCCUCAAUCCACCUCUGUUGACGAUGGCAUGUCUACUGCCACCGAUACCGAUGCCGACGCAUACGAGUCUGCUGCUGAAACGGUCGGCGCUACCACCCCCAACCGAUCCCAUUCUGAACUUCCUACCGACACCGAGGCUUACCAAACUGGCCGCGAGUGGAACGACGCCGAGGACAGUGAUGCGGACGACGACCAGCCAGAGCCAGAGCAUACUAUGCGCGGCCACAAGCUGUCUUCCACGUCUCUUGGUCUUGGCCUUGCGGGUGGAUGGACUGCAGCCAAGCAAGCUCACAAGCUGGCCAGCAGGGACAAGAUUGUGGAGAGGGUGGAAGUGCCAGUGGAGAAGAUUGUGGAGAGAAUCGUGGAGGUACCAGUGGAGAAGAUUGUAGAGAGAAUCGUGGAGGUGGAGAAGAUUGUCGAAGUGGAAAAGCGGGUGGAGGUUCCUGUUGACCGGAUCGUCGAAAAGAUUGUCGAAGUGCCCGUCGAUAGAAUCGUCGAGGUUGAAAAGAUAGUCGAGGUCCCCGUUGACAGGAUCGUGGAGAAGAUUGUGGAGGUACCCGUGGAAAAGAUUGUAGAGGUCGAAAAGCGCAUCGAAGUGCCCGUCGAGGUCGAAAAGAUUGUCGAGGUACCUUUCGAAGUCGAAAAGAUUGUCGAAAAGAUCAUCGAGGUCCCAGUCGAGAAGAUUGUCGAAAUCGAAAAGCGCGUCGAGAUCCCAGUCGAGGUCGAGAAGAUUGUCGAAGUCCAGGUCGAGAAGAUUGUGGAAAAGAUAAUCGAAGUUCCCGUCGAAAAGAUCGUUGAGGUCGAAAAGAUUGUCGAGAAGAUUGUCGAAUUACCUGUCGAAGUCAUCAAGACUGUCGAGGUUGAAAAGAUCGUCGAGAUCGAAAAACCUGUCGACCGAGAAGUUGAGAAGAUUGUUGAAGUUGAGAAGAUCGUUGAGAAGCGGGUUGAAGUGCCCGUAGAGGUGGAGAAGAUCGUAGAGAAGAUUGUGGAGGUGCCAGUGGAAGUGGAGAAGAUUGUGGAAGUCGUCAAGGAGGUCAUCAAGGAAGUUGAGGUGGAGAAGAUUGUCGAAAGAAUCGUCGAAAAACCCGUCAACGUCGAUGUCGAAAAGGUCGUCGAGAUCGAAAAGCCUGUCGAACGAAUCGUCGAAGUCCCCACCAUCGUUGAAGUCGAGAAAAUCGUCGAAAAGGUGGUGGAGAAGAUUGUCGAAGUCGUCAAGGAGGUUCCCGUUGACAGAAUUGUCGAGGUGCCUGUUGAAGUCAUCAAGGAAGUUCCUGUCGAAAAGAUUGUCGAAGUCGUCAAGGAAGUUCCUGUUGAAAAGAUUGUGGAGGUCAUCAAAGAAGUCCCCGUCGACAGGAUCGUGGAGAAGAUUGUGGAGGUCGUCAUGGAAAAGAGGGUGGAGAUUCCUAUCGAGGUGGAAAAGAUUGUGGAAGUUGAGAGGAUUGUGGAGAAGAUUGUGGAGGUGGAAAAGAGGGUAGAGGUUCCCUUCGAAGUCGAAAGGAUCGUCGAAAAGAUUGUGGAAGUACCUGUCGAGGUCGAAAAGAUCGUCGAAAAGAUUGUGGAGGUGCCAGUGGAGGUUGAAAGGAUCGUCGAGGUUCCAGUCGAGGUCGAAAAGAUCGUUCAGGUCCCUAUCGAAGUCGAAAGGAUUGUGGAGAAGAUUGUGGAAGUGGAGAAGAGGGUCGAGGUGCCCGUCGAGGUCAUUGUCGACAGGGAGGUCCCCGUGGAACGAAUCGUCGAGAAGAUCGUCGAAGUCCCGGUGGAAAAGAUUGUCGAGAAGCGGGUCGAAGUACCGGUGGAGAGAUACAUCACCGUGGAAAAGAUUGUCGAAAAGAUUGUCGAGGUGCCCGCCGCCGCGAACCGCUCUAUCGAUUCUGCCUCCCAGACCGAUCCCCUCGCCUCUGCCCUUUCUUCGCCCCACUCUCCAAACCCCGACAUUGGUCUUUUCCGAGUCGCUGCCGGUACCAACUAUGACUUCCUCAAAGCUCCUCCCGCUCCCGGAUCAUUGCGAAACAGCCGCCGCGUCUCUAGUGAGAACCUCUCAGCGGUGGCCGAUGGAUCCAAGGGUACGCCCAAGGGCACAGACACCAGCGACGACAUGCCUCCUCCCUCGCCUGCUGGGUCUCUUCCUCCCGAUAGGUCGCGGCCUCCCACAAUGAACCUUCCUCCCCCACCAAGCGGACCUCCUCCCGCCGGUGUCGGAAAGAAGAUGUCAAUGGGCCCACCUCCACGGCCCACCUCCCCUCCCCCCGAGGACUUCCUUGCUCGAGCUACUAGCCCCACCUUCCAGCCUACUGGCAGACGAGCUUCUCGCAACGCCCCUUCAUCAUCUGCUGCUGCUAUCCGAGCUGCCCACAAUGACAUGCCUCCACCUGCUUCUACCACUCGUCAGCCUUCUAGGAGCAGCUUCAAGCCUACCUCUUCGGCUGUGCCUACCCCCGUUAAGGAUGACAAGGCGCGAAGCGUGAGAAGACGUACUGGAAACACUAUUGCUACCAACGUCUACGCGUCGAACAACUCGAGUGUCACUGGGCACGAUCAGUUUGCCGAGUUUGACCGAAACCCCUCCAUUUCGUCGUUCGGUAGCUUUGCUGGUACAGUUCCCAACGGCCAGGCUCAAGAGCCUGCUCACGGGUCGACUGAUCCUCAGACGAUCCAUGCCAUUACGCAGACAAUGAUUGGAGAGUACCUGUACAAGUACACUAGGAGAACUGUCGGCAAGGGACAGAGUAGCAACCGACACAGGAGGUUCUUCUGGGUGCAUCCGUACACCAAGACUCUGUACUGGAGCUCGGAAGAUCCUGGAAGCAGCAGGGCGACAGAAAGCUCAGCCAAGAGUGUUUUCAUCUCUAACAUCAAGGUGAUCGAAGACGCCAACAUCCAGCCUCCUGGCUUGUUCAACAAGAGCAUCAUCAUUGCUACACCUAACCGAGAGAUUCAAUUCACUGCGCCUACAAAAGAGAGACAUGAUAUCUGGAUGUCUGCACUCGGAUUCCUCCUGCAGAAACAAGAUGCCAAUGCCGACACCGCUUUGGCCGACACGACAGCUAUCCGGAACGCCACCUCUCGAUCUGCUUUGAGCACAAUAGUCGACGAGCAGGGACGUCUCCCCAUGCCCAAGUCGCCAAUGUCUCUUCGAUCUUUCGGCUCCGUUCGCAAUUCACUCGACAUCACUCCUAAAGCCCACCGGGCUCAGACUUCGUUGGGUGUUCACCCUCGCACAUCAUCAACGAUGGGCAAGAGGCAGGGGACCGCUGCACACGAGUACAUGCGGAGAAACGACGUUCCACACACUCUGCACGGCGGACACAGAUACAAGGGGACGUACAGGGGGGCACCUAUAAUAGAUGACGAGUUUGAUGUGAUCUCAAGAGGAGACGGGGAUGAUUUGGAUACCUCAUUUGAAGGGCUGGAAAACGUUCGGGCAUGUUGUGAUGGUAAACACCUAGUGGGGCAACCGCAUCACCACCACAACCACCCCAAUGUCCCCCAUACACCUAGCCGUCCAGAGACCCCGUCUCUUCGAGGUUGGUCAAUCCGCUCCCAACGUCCGCCUACUGCUAUGAGCGAUGCCGAGAGCAUCUUCUCUACGGGGAAGAGGAGGGAGAGAGAGAGGUCAAAGAGCGCGAUGGGGCAUAGAGAUAGGAGAGAUGGAGCGAAAAGCCCGGCGAUAGGGUCUCUGAGGAACUUGAAGUGA